AUGAGGAGAGGAAAAAGAGUUGGUGAAAUACAUAUAAUGGUUUUUCCUUUCCCCCUACAGGGUCACAUAAACCCAAUGCUACAAUUCUUCAAGCGCCUAGCCUCCAAAGGUCUCAAGGUUACACUACUGAUGGCAGCCAGUUCCAUUAACAAGUCUGUUCAAGACCAAGCUAGUAGCUCCAUCAACAUUGAGCUCAUUGCUAAUUAUGAGUCGGACCCAGACAAAAAACAAGAAGACAUUAAGGCAUAUCUGGAGAAAUUUAAGAUUUUAGCCUCACAAAGCUUAAGUGAGGUAAUUGAGAAGCACAAUAGAUCUGACCACCCUGCUAAAAUCCUUGUGUAUGACUCAAUCAUGCCAUGGGCACAAGACCUAGCUGAACCACUAGGUCUUGAAGGAGCUCGGUUCUUCACACAAUCUUGUGCGGUUUCUACCAUCUACUACCAUGCAAAUCAAGGGGCAUUCAAGAAUCCUUUAGAAGGGUCAACAGUAUCUUUGCCUUCAAUGCCCAUAUUAGGCAUCAAUGAUAUGCCAUCUUUUAUGAGAGAGAUGGGCUCAUACCCAGCUUCACUCGCCCUCCUCUUGAAUCAGUUUUUGAAUUUGCAGAAAGUUAAAUGGGUUUUCUUCAACACCUUCAACAAGUUGGAAGAUGAGGUAAGUUCUAAUUCACCUUUUAGAUCAGAGGUCAAAUCGUAAUAAGAAGUAUAGUUCAUUAGUUUAUGGGAUUUUUUCACGCCUACAAAUAUCAUACUCUUAAUAAUUUUUAAUCCAUCUAUACAUGAAUAGAUUAAAGAAAGAUGA